AUGCCAACAAAUGUGGGAGUUGUGCACUCGAUUAUGCUCGUCGCUCACGUCGCCGAGUAUUUGUCUUUCGCUCUUUCCGUUGUUGUCAACGGCUUGUUGAUCUAUCUGAUCAAGACGAAGUCGAGGAAAGAAAUGGGCUCCUACAAGUAUCUGAUGAUGAGCUUCGCCUUCUUCGGCAUCUUCUUCUCUGCCACUGACCUUCUCGUUCAACCGGUUUGCUUUUAUAGGCCAUUCCCAGCUUGUCAUGGUUUUUUUUUCAUCCGAGCUAGAGAAUCAUUCCUAUCAAAGCGCACUGGAUGUUUCUCUGCCUGCGUCUUUUAUUUGGCCCAACCCCUGGAUUAUCUAAGAAUGAAAAGAAUGAAAAGGGUUUUCCUGCAGUUGAUGCACGUUUAUGGCCCAACCUUCAACGCCAUCAUGAUUCUGUCGACUUUCGGAUUCAACAAAAGCAGCGCCGCCGUUAUUAUGGGUAUGCGAGCUUCGUUCCAUUUGUCAAAAGUCUGUAUUAUUUAG